GCGGCUCCCGUCCUUGCGUCAAACCCUAGCGAGUAAUCAUCUCACGAGCCGCUCAAUCGAUCCUAACCCUUAAGAGAGAAAGAAAAUGUCGACAGUGGGAGAGCUUGCUUGCAGCUACGCUGUUAUGAUCCUCGAGGACGAGGGUAUUGCUAUCACGGCCGACAAGAUCGCUACAUUGAUCAAAGCCGCUGGCGUUACUUGUGAGUCUUACUGGCCAAUGCUAUUCGCCAAGAUGGCUGAUAAACGUAACGUCACUGACCUCAUCAUGAACGUUGGUGCUGGUGGUGGAGGCGGUGCACCUGUUGCAGCUGCUGCCCCAGCUGCCGGUGGUGGUGCUGCGGCUGCUGCACCUGCCGCUGAGGAGAAGAAGAAGGAAGAAGUGGCCGAAGAGAGUGAUGGUGAUUUGGGUUUCGGCUUGUUCGACUAAGCGGACAGCUAUUACAUGUUUCUUUUUCUUGUUGGUACUUGGUUUUCAUCAAAUCUGAGACCAUUAUUUUGUUGCAUCAUCUGAGUUACUACUUGAAAGAUUUUUGCAGUUAGAACUAUUCUACUGUAUACUUAAGUCUACCGAACAAAAAGAUAUAUAGGUCUACAAGAACUAUAAAUUGUCGAACCCAUACCUUGUACGUUCAGAGAUGAAUUAGGACACCAAAUGUAGAUAAAAUUCUUAGCAGCAAACAAAAUCAGUGUUUAAACAUUGAGCAAGAAUGUUGAAUCGUAGUGAGGCUUCUUCAGUGAAGGAAACUGGGCUUGUAUAUGAGCGUUUUCAGUCGUUGAGGCAGGCCCAUUCAGUGGAACAAACGAGGCGUGUGGGAAUUUCAUGUGUUGUUUACCUACUUGAGGUUCUUUCUUAAAAACUUUCUGCAGGUGUACGUCUAUUUGCCAAUUGGACU